AUGAAUAAAGUGCAUAAUGAAAGUAAUAGUUUAAAGUAAGCUUAAUAGUUAUCACAACAAGAAUAAAUCAAUCAAGAUUAAGCUUAAACCUAAGUUAAUACUUCUAAGCAAUCUGAUCCCAUUAAAUCCCCUAAUCCUGUCUAAAUUACUUGUGAGAACUGUAAUUAAACAGGUUAAACAGAAGUAAAAAGAGAGUUAAAUUUGAAAGCUGUCUUCUAACUUCUAAAAAUUAUUUUAUGA